UCCGCGGAAGUAAACACAUUGCAUGUCGCGUGAGCUCACGCUGCAAAAUGUAACAUUUAUCUUUUCGCGUUCACCGAUAGCGUCAAACUACAACGUUCUCAUUCAUAAUCCUACAAUUUAAGAUUCAGGGAAACCUUUUGCAUCAAUUCAAUCAGCCGUCAUGAAGAUUAAGCGACAGAAAAUAGCCAAGAAAACGUUAUCUUUUUACAAAUACAAUUUCAACUUUCGGGAACCGUAUCAGGUUCUUAUUGACGGAACUUUCUGUCAAGCGGCAUUAAAGAACAAGAUUCAAAUCAAAGAACAAAUGCCAAAGUAUCUUAUGGGCGAGGUACAUCUUUGCACCACCAACUGCGCUCUAAAAGAACUGGAAACUCUGGGGAAAGAGCUUGUUGGGGCCAGAAUUAUUUUGCAGAGGUAUCAAGUGAGGAAAUGUGAGCAUAUGAAGAGUCCAGUUCCUGCAUCGAAGUGCCUGCUUUCUAUGCUGGAGGGCACAAACCCGCAUCACUACUUUGUUGCCACACAGGACUACAAGCUGACAACAGGUCUCCAAAAGAUCCCAGGCGCCCCUCUUCUCUACAUCAUCCAAAACACCAUGGUGCUUGAAAAACCCAGCCAGUCGUCGCUGGACCGGGUUCAGGCCAUCCAGAUGGGCCAGCUGGUGAGCCCGGUGGAGCAGCAGAGCCUUCGCAGCCUGAAAGAAGAACAGGGCAUUACUAAAAAGGACGGAGACAGACGGGGGACCAAGAGGAAAAGGAAACCGCACAACCCGAACCCCCUGAGCUGCCUGAAGAAAAAGAAGAAGAAGAAGGGGCCGACACCGCCGCUUAAAAAAAUUGAGCCAGGUCAGAAAAGAACUCGGAGCAAACACAAGAAACGUAAAAUACAAGGUGAGAAUCAUGCUGCCGCACCUUUGGCUAAAAAAUCGGAAUCAAAUUGAAUCAACAAAUGUUUGGUUACUACGGUAAAUUUUGUGAACUUUUUACAACCAUUAUGUGUGAGUGGAAAGAAAAUAGUCGGAGCUGCUGCAAAAGUUGCGUUCCUACACAAUCGUACCGCUAGAGGGCAGCAGAGGCGCUGUAUUGAAGUUACUACUGCAUUUAGAAAGAUAAAACUUUAACUUGCCUUUACAAUUUUCUUUCAAAGCCUGAAGAAAUCUGGAAAAGAUUUGUAGUUUAAUACAGUAGGCUUCUUUAUAUUUAUCCAUUCAGCCUGUGGCCAACGCAGUGUUAUCAAUUUAACUGAGGUGAAGAAAAUAUAUUUUAAGUUCCUGGUGUUGUCGGUAUGAUGAAAUGUGCUGUAACAUCCCAUGGGAAAUUUCAAAAAGCCAUCAGAAAUAAACUUUUCCAUCCCUUUGCAAAUCA